AUGGAAGGGAAGAAUCGGACAGCAGUGAUGGAGUUUUUUCUCUUAGGCCUCACAGGUCAUCUCCAUCAGAAGAUCGCCCUUUUCGUCUUGCUUCUCUUUGUGUAUCUCAUCACUCUGGGGGGUAACUUGGGGAUGAUUACUCUCAUAUGGCGCGAUCACAGACUCCACACGCCUAUGUACUUUUUUCUUAGUCACUUGUCCUUUGUAGAUGCUUGCUCCUCCUCUUCCAUUACCCCCAGGACACUGCGCGAUAUCUUUGCAGAGAAGAGAAGCAUCUCUUUCGUGGGCUGUGCUGCUCAGAUGUGGUUCUUUGGUCUCUUUGUGGCAACAGAGUGUUUCCUCCUGGCUGCCAUGGCCUAUGAUCGGUGUACAGCCAUCUGUAAGCCCCUGCUGUACACACUCAUCAUGUCCCAGCGGGUCUGUGUGCAGCUGGUUAUAGGGCCUUACGCCAUAGCUAUUAUAAGCACCAUGACCCAUACAAUUUUGACUUUUUCCUUACCCUUCUGUGGCCCAAACAUAAUCAAUCAUUUUUUCUGUGAUAUUUCCCCUUUGCUUUCCUUAGCAUGCGUUGACACUGGGAUCACUAAUUUGGUGCUUUUUGUUUUUGCUGGAGCUAUAGGAGUGCUCAGUGGCGCGAUCAUCAUGGUGUCCUAUGUAUGGAUCACAGUGGCCAUCUUGAAGAUCCAGACUGCCCACGGGAGGUGGAAAGCCUUCUCCACGUGUACCUCCCACCUGGCCACAGUCUCAGUGUUGUAUGGGACUCUUUUCUUCAUCUAUGUCCGACCUAGCUCGAGCUCGUCUCUGGGUAUCAAUAAAGUGAUUUCUCUGUUUUAUACUGUGGUCAUCCCUGGGUUGAAUCCCCUCAUCUACAGCUUGAGGAACAAGGAGGUGAAAGAGGCAUUCAAGAGACAGGUGAAAAGGAAGCUGUCUGUGCUCGGUGGGUGA